AUGGCAAUACCAAUGUCGCUUUGCACAGAUAUUGAUGAGUGUGCCACGGGUAACGCUACCUGCGAACAGAAUUGUACGAACACAGUGGGAUCGUACUAUUGUUAUUGCCAAGAAGGUAUGAUUGUCCAGGACGAUAAUUCGUCAUGUAACUAUGACUACGACGAGGUACUGAGAAAGUCGUUGUUGUUUUACGAAGCUCAGCGUUCCGGUGUACUGCCAGAUAACAACCGCAUUCCGUGGAGAGGGGACAGCGCCGUCAACGACUCGACACCUGACGGGAAAGACUUGAGCGGUGGUUACUAUGACGCUGGUGACCACUUGAAGCUCGGUUUACCGAUGGCGUACAGUGCUACAGUCUUAGCAUGGGGGUUCAUUCAGUUUGAAGACGCCUACGAAGCCGCGGGCGAGGUUGAUCACAUGCUGGAAAAUCUGAGAUGGUUUGCUGACUAUUUUAUAAAAUGUCACACACAAGAACACGAAUUUUAUGCACAUGUUGGAUCAGUGAAUGGAGAUCAUGGUUAUUGGGGACGCGCUGAAGACAUGACAAUGGAUAGGCCUGCAUAUAAAGUAGAUGAAGACAAUCCAGGGUCCGAUGUUGUUGGUGGAACAGCCGCUGCACUGGCAGCUAUUGCCUUUGUUUUCAAAGACAGAGAUGUAAAAUAUUCUGCGAUAUUAGUAGAACAUGCCAGAGAGCUCUUCACUUUUGCCGACGACUUCAGAGGGAAAUAUUCUGUCAGUAUACCCAUGGCUGCUAAAGUAUAUGACUCCACUGGAUAUAUGGACGAGAUUAUUUGGGCUGCGUGCUGGCUGUAUAAAGCUACAAAUGAAAUAUCAUACCUCGACCGAGCAAUACUCCUGUUUAACGGCGAAUCAUUCUUGAAACCGUAUUCCUUUGGUUGGAAUGAUGUGACAGUGGGAUAUAGGGCGAUGUUGUUGCAGUUGACUCAAGGUACAGAUCUACAAGAUACCAGUUUCAAACUUGGCGUAACUGCAAAGUUUCUAACGGAGUGGUUGCCGGGAGGUAGCAUGCCGUAUACACCAAAAGGUUUAGUGUUUCGCGACAACUGGGGCUCGUUGAGAUAUGCAACCGCUUCAGCAUUUAUUGCACUGACAACUGCCGAAGCUGGAGUGAAAAAAACGGCUUAUAGAAACUGGGCGAAGACGCAAGUUGAUUAUGUAUUAGGCGAUACCGGAAGAAGUUUUGUAGUAGGAUAUGGUGUGAACCCACCUGUCCAACCACACCACAGAGGAUCUUCUUGUCCUGACGAGCCAGCGCCCUGUGGGGUUAAAUAUCUGGGUUUGGCAGCACCGAAUCCGCAAGUACUGUACGGCGCAAUGGUUGGUGGACCGGAUGCCAAUGACAACUACAAAGACGCCAGGAAAGAUUAUUUCAAAAAUGAAGUAUCGUUGGAUUUCAAUGCCGGAUUUCAAUCAGUCGUGGCAGGCCUACGCCACCUACAGUUGAUAGGAGAGUUGUAA